UGGCGUCGCGUCAGUAUGGUGUCAGACGGUGGUUGGCUGAGAGGCGGCACCGGCAUCACCCCCCAGCGUGUGUGUGAUAUCCGUCCACCUACACCAAAGAUGGAGGGUCAUCUUAAAGUGCUGUUGCUGGGGCUGCUGGUGGUGGCCUCCUCUGCUACCUAUGACAGCAUUAACAAGGAUUUAAUCAACAAAAAGUUCGACAGGAAAUUAGAUAUAUCGUCACAGUUGGUUAAGAUUACCAAUAAGAUAACCCUGGAGAAUGGUGGCUCGGGGGCUGUCAAGUCCUUCCUCUUGGCCUUCACUAAAGUUGAGAAGGAUAACCUGUCUUACUUAAAUGCUCAGUCAGGUGGCACAGUUCUCAAGUUAGCAGAAACCCGUGUACAGGAGCAUCGUGAUUUGGCCUUCUUCAAGGUGGAGCUAAAGGAUGCUCUCCAGUCAGGCAAGACUGUCAAUGUUGAGGUGGAGAUCAUAUUGACCCAGAUUUUGGAGCCUUACCCAGCUAUCAUCCAGCAAGGAGAGAAGCAACUAGUGCGUUAUUCUGGGAACCACUAUAUCCUCACCCCCUAUUCCAGUAACACUCAGACAACAACUGUCACCCUUCCAUCCCCCAAUAUUGAAUCCUACUCACGUCUCAAGCCCACUACCCACACAGAUACCUCCAUUACCUAUGGUCCAUAUGAAGGAGUUGCUGGAUUCUCAGAGGAUUCCAUGAAUGUCCAUUUUGAAAACAACGCCCCGUUUUUGACUGUCUCAAGGCUUGAGCGCGUAAUUGAAGUGUCUCAUUGGGGUAACAUAGCUAUAGAGGAGACAAUUGAUGUUUUACAUACAGGUGCCAAGUUGAAGGGCCCCUUCUCGCGUUAUGACUAUCAGCGUGAGCACAACAGUUACUCCAGUAUUAAAUCUUUCAAGACGAUUAUGCCAGCUUCUGCAAAAGAUGUUUAUUAUCGUGAUGAAAUUGGCAAUAUCUCCACAUCUCACAUGCGAGUACAAGAUGACGCAGUUGAACUAGAUUUGAGGCCCAGGUUUCCAUUGUUUGGAGGAUGGAAGACUCAUUACAAGAUAGGCUACAAUGUUCCUUCAUAUGAGUAUCUCUACAGCUCUGGUGAUGAAUACAUUCUGAAAAUGCGCAUUUUGGACCAUGUGUUUGAUGACUUCACUGUUGACGAGUUGGUGUUGAAAAUCAUCCUACCAGAAGGCGUACGCAAUAUUAUCCUUGAAACACCUUACUUGGUUGAGCGACUACCAGAUGCUAAACAUUUCACCUACCUGGACACGGUGGGCCGGCCAGUGGUCUCUGUGACCAAGAAGAACCUGGUGGAGAGUCACAUACAAGACUUCACACUACACUACCAGUUCCCUUCAAUACUCAUGUUGCAAGAACCUCUACUUGUGGUGAUAGCAUUCUUCAUCCUAUUUAUCACAGUAAUAUUCUAUGUUCGUCUGGAUUUGACCCUUAGUAAAGAUGAUGCAACAGAGGCCAAGAUGCGUGUGUCAUCAUACUGUGAACAAGUGCACACACACCAUGAUAAGAGAGCUCGCCUGUAUGAGAAGCUAGAAGAAGAAUUACAGAAGCUCAAGACCUCAAAAGAUGUUGCUCAGUCUCAGCUUGGGCCUGAUCUUCCAAUUGACAAUCCCUCAGUCACAACCAUCACCGUCAAAAGAGAAAAAUGAAAAGAUGCUGCCCUC